UGUCAGUGGCGACUGUUUGACAACAUUGGUCAGAGGUCAACGCAUACGCUCGGAAUUUGGGACCUGUUUUGUUUCAGAAAUAACGAUUUCGAGCGUUUGAGACAGUCCCUGUUGCUGCUUACACCUGAAGGAUGGACGUCGUAGCACUUUACGACAGCUGUCGAGUUGGAGAUUUGCAAAAAGUGAAAUUCCUGGUGGAGGAACGAGAGGUUGAACUGAACACCCGAGACAAAUGGGACAGCACUCCACUGUAUUAUGCAUGUUUAUGUGGCCACAAAGAUGUAGUCCAGUAUUUACUGGAGCAUGGUGCCAAAUGUGAAGCGAACACAUUUGACGGCGAGCGAUGUCUUUAUGGGGCCCUGACUGAUGAGAUCCGGACUAUCCUCAAGAAGUUCAGAGUCAUCUCCUCCCGAACCAUACGGCGUGACAUGUACGAGGAAUGUCUACGAAAGAUUCGAGAGGGGGCUGCCUACCAUGACGCAGUGUUUGUGGUGGACGGGGUGAAGUUUCCCGUACAUCGAUGUAUACUCAGUGUUCGAUGCAGCUAUUUUGCUGAGUUGUUUAAAACUCGAUGGCGAGAUCGGCAAGAAGUGGAGCUAAAACAUGCACUGGUUUCACCUUGUGCAUUUGGAGCUGUUCUGGAUUACAUCUAUUAUGGUCGACUACAGGUUCAUGUGGACCUGAUACAUGAUUGUGUGAUGAUAGCCAAACAGUGUCAGAUGCACUGCCUCAUUGACCAGAUUGAAGACAGAAUGGAAAAAGAUGCAUCAUUUUUGUCGAUGAAGCCGGGCCUGAAGGUGACGUCGGUGGUGAUCGAGCCCCCCCUGGACUCCCUGGGGCUGCAGAUGGACCUCGGUCUUCUGGGAGACAGAGCUUUACCGGUGGAACUGAACAAACUGGUUGUAGGAGAGCUGCCAUUCGACCCUGACCUGUCCCAGAUAUACCCUGACGUCUGCUUCUCAGUGGAGGGUCUGUCAUUCAUGUGUCACAAGGUGUUUCUAAGUGGACGCAGCGACUACUUCAAGGCCCUCAUUGAGGAUCACUUUGGGGAGACAACUCUGCAUGGAAACACUGACAUACCAGUAGUGACACUGCACAACAUUACGCCGCAGGUGUUCGGCCGUGUGGUGCAGUACGUGUACCAGGACCUCUGUGAGCUGUCUGCAGAGAACGUGUAUGACAUUCUGUGUGUAGCUGACCUAUACAUUCUGCCAGGGCUGAAGAGACUCUGCGCCAACUGCAUGGGUGAAUACAUCGACAUCAACAACAUCAUCACCAUUCUUAGAACCUCAAGGCUCUUCAGUUUACGGAAGUUAGAAAAUGAAUGUGCAGAGUUUAUUGCAGAAAAUUUAGAAGAGGUGAUUGCUCAGGAAGACUUCAUCAAACUAGUGAAGGAGGAUGCAGCCAAUCUCCAGGAGCGCCACGAGACGGACACCAUCGACAUCAUCGACGAGGUGCGCUUCUACAUCACCAACUUCAUACAGACGUACAGUGAGAUGCAGGAGGCCAACGAGAGGCUGAAGCUGAUUGACGAUCUGCUGGAGGAGCUGUAUCUAGAGGGAUAAACAUGCUGUGGUUACACCGGCUAGUCACACAUGCAAACACACAUGCACACACAUGCACACACACAUGCACACACACAACUGGAGAAGCUGUAUCUGGAGGGAUAGACAUGUCGUAGUUACACCGGCUAAACACGCAUGCAAACACACAUGCACCCAUCAUUAUAGACAUACAUGCAGACACACAUGCAGAUACUCAUGCACACACGCAUGCAAACACACAUGCACACACGCAUGCAAACACACAUGCACCCAUCAUUAUAGACAUUCAUGUAUGCAGAAACACAUGCCCAAAACCACCACAUAUAAAGACAUCCAAUGCACAAAAACACCAUGUAUAUACACAUCCAAUACACAAUACUGAUUACACCAAACAUCCCAUACACAAAUGAAUCAAUACAUAGUUUGCAUGGUUCGGGAUUACAACACACAUGAUUGUUACUGUCCACAAGAAAUGUCCACACAUCAACUGGCAGCAUUUCAUCCACCAUCGCCUAGGUGACGGUGAUGGUGAGAUAGGCAGUGUUAGCAUUGCACCGUGUUGGAUGGACGAAUAUACAGUGUUAUAUGGAGACAGAUAUAUGCAACCAGCACUUUUAAUCCUCUAUUUAUGUCAUUAUCCAAGGUGCAUGUUUGUGUAGUAUCAACUUAUGUAUUAGGACUGGGACGGGUAGCUCGGGUACCCGGGUCGGAAGGAUCCUGAGUAGGACCAGGUACCCACUGGACUACCCUGACACGUUGUUAGUCACGCGAGUAUUCUAAUUGGCUGUAACGAUAAAAAACAUCAGUUGUAUUUUCUUGGGAAAAUGUGCUUUAUACACACACAAAAAUACAGUAUUUAUUUAUGAUCUGAAUGUAAAUAAUGUAGUCGAUGAAUGUGAAGGCCGGUGUACAGCAGGUACCCGGGUCAGAUAUUGGGGGUCGGGUACCCAGGUAGUGAAUUUCGACUCGUCCCAGCCCUAUUGCGUAUGCUUGGGACCUGCUGACUUUGUCUAUAGCACGUUGUAGCAUGAACAGUUUACGCAGUAGGUGUAUUACCAGGGUUGUGAUAUUGGCAAGGGCUUGCAUCCAUAGGAGACUUAGAAGGGACAUAACUGGUAAUAGCCACUGGUGGCGCUAUGAUCGAGCCCAGUAAUUCCAGCCUAGUUCAGCAACGGUGGAAACUGGACUUUUACAGUCAGUUAACUCUCGUGCCUCAGGAAGAUGCACCUACUGGGACACAGCAGUGGUUUAUUGAGUAAAGUUCCAUGAAAUUGUUGUCAGUCUUCACUGUGAAAAAAGAUCUCCCAAAAUAUUCAUGAUCCCUGACUUGUUUUGUCCAGUAUAUGAUGUAGAUGGUACAUAAGGUUACACUGAAGUCAUCCUGUGAUGACGUAGCCUGGUACAAUGUUGGUAUACUGUAUUUUGUCAUUGUCACAUCAUGUUCAUGUAUUUUAAUGUUGAUGUAACAGGGGAACACAAGUCUUUUGUUUGUUUCCAAACUCGUGUUUGAUUUCAAGUGAUCAAGUUAUGUUGACAAAAUAAUACCUGAACAGACAGGACUUGAUGUGAUAAAGUUGCAACAGUACCGGUUGGUAGUGUGUUUAAUGUGCAUAUAAUUAGAAAAGUUUGUGCAACGAUACAGAUGGCUUUGAAUGGUCGAGUUCCCUGUUAGUGAACAAGUCUCGGUCAAUACUGAGAGAGAUGUCAUGCUGGGUACAUUGUACAGUGAAUGUAUAUUUGACAUUUACUUUGUAACAGAUUCGGUUGUGUAGCUCAUUAGAAGAAAUAAGAUAUUUAUAGAUGAUGAAAUUUAGACCCUGCAUACAGUGAAACCCUGUUAAUCUGGACAGCCUGUCUGGGAACAUCCCCUACAGUUAAGGCACCUGACUGCAUGCUGGUGGGUCCAGAGUAGGGAAGGGGGCACCUGUCACCCUAUUCAUACAGCUGAUGUGUCAGUCCCAUAUGUGUUGGUGCACUCUAUGACUUGGUAGUGUGCACCAUCCAUUUUCUUCACACUCCUGGAUCCACCCCUGCUGCCAUAGCAAGAGGAUUUCCCUGGGAAUAGCUUUAUCUGGUAAACAGGGUUUUUGUUGUAUAAAGACCACAGGAUGAAAUGGGUUUGUUUUUUAAACUGAACAUGUACAUAGUGCUCAAGUAUGGGUGAGUUGGUGUACACAACGUAGUUCCUCAUUGGUAUAUCAUGAUAAUCAUGAUAUAUGUUUGUUUUUUUACUGAUGGUGUUUUAUAGUGGGAACUAAACCUUGUUAUACAAGAAUUAUUUAUAACCGUUUUGAAACAUGUUAUUUUAUACCUGAAUAUAAACAAAUUGUACAUGUUGCACCGUUCGUCAAGCGCAGUGUUUGGAAAUGUCCUUGUCAGACAGUUUGACCUUGAUAUCAUCAUGCAGAAUUAAUAACCUUGUCUGGAUCUUGUUUGAAGCAAUACUAUGCACAAGCAUAGGUGAUGCUGUAUUAUCAUAAUGUGAUGCAUUUGAAGGCAUUAUCAUGAUGAUCACCUCCCCUGAAGCAGUGUUUCGGGGCUGAUCAUGUGGUUCCUGUGUUGAGUUUUAGUCAGUCGAUAUCAUGGUUCCUUAGUCUGCGAGUAGCCAGGGACCCAUCAUUUAAUAUUCUUUGGGGCCUGGGAAUUUAUGUUGAAGAAAGGCUAUUUUUAGAUCACUACUUUAUUCUCUGGAAGUAUGAACCAAACAAAUAUUUUUAAAAUUUUGAGGGGGCAAAACACAUUUUUAAGGACAUCGAGUAAAGUUGUCUUUCCAGUAUUUUCUGCAACAAAUUAUUUUUGGAACCAGACCAGUAUUAAAAAUUUAGAACAAUAAAUCAUAAAUCAAAUAAGAGGCGACCUACGGGAUCGGGUGGUCAGGUUCGCCGACUUGGUUGAUGCAUGUCAUUGUAUCCCAAUUGCGUAGAUCGAUGCUCGUGAUGUCAAUCAUUGGAUUGUCUGGUCCAGAUUCGAUUAUUUACAGACCACUGUCAUAUAGCUGCAAUAUUGCUGAGUGCAGCAUUUAACAACAACAAAAACAUAUUUUCGUCACUAUCUAACAUGCAGGGAUAUUCUGUUAUGACAUCUCACAAGAUUACAAUGCAAUGAUGUCACAGAUUACCAGGACUCCAAUUUCAGCUUUGCUGUGGUGAAUUUAUUCCCUUUUUGUUUGAAAUAUAAUGCUGUAUCUUUGGCAAUUUGAUUUAUUGUCUAUUAUUCCCUGGGUCUCUGGUUCAUAUUGGCAAUAGAUUGGACUGCGUUAUGUUGUUGAAACACUCAGGCAGGUCUGUUCUGUUUGUGCAGUGAUCAUAAGUCAUACCAGCAGAUAUCCCCAAGACUAGUCCCAGCUCUACAAGGGAAGUUGUGUACAACUAAGCCCUUUUUCACUGGUGAUUCCGCCAACCCUUAAAAAAAGAAAAGUAAAAAAAAAUAAUGUUUCUGUUUUUAUCUCACUGGAUGCAGAUUUGUGUGUUAAUCACAAUUGUGCAUCUCACAUACUACUCAACAUUUCCUACCGACAUUUUGGUAUAUAUAAAGAAGUAACACUGAUAUCAAUGAUACAAGAUUAACAAUAUGCAACAUAUCGUCUGAUAACCUUUUAGAGAACAAAAAAUCAGAAUUUUUUUAUUUUUUUUUUAUUUUUUAUUUCUCUUUUUUCAAUAAUCAGCAAGAUUUUUAAUAAUUAUAUUUAUAAACCAAUGUAUAAUUAAAGUCUUAUUUGAAUAACAGUAUGAAUAUUUGCUUAGUUAUAGUACUUGAAGUCUAAUUGCUUAAAGAGUGACUUGGAUCAGGCCCAUUUGAAGGCCUAAGUUUUAAAAAGACAAUCAAAACCAAGCCAGCUAAUUCUGGUUGCAUGAUCUACUCUAACUAGCAUCAAUGGAGUCAGCUAAUUGCAGUUGGAUGAUCUAAUUCAUUCUAGUAUGGAUGGUUACAAAUAAUCUCUCAGAUUCAUUGAGAAAAUGUCUUUCAACCUCAGCAGGAAAUGGUCCCCAGAAUGAGGAACCUUAUUGCUCUUUACACACUAAUUUUUAAAUUAAUGUUAAACGUAUGUAUUCUGUGAUGUCUCAUGAACUUACCCUUUGUGGUCCUCAUGAUGACAAAUGACCAUAUUCCAGCAUCAAACCACAAAAUGUCAUCUGUCAUUGUAUACUACUCAAAAAUGUUAAGCAUCACCCAUUUCUUUCACAUUAGUGUAGUUAUUCUGCCUUGCCAUGCCAGAUUAACUAUAGUAAUGUGAAAUAAUCACGUGAUCCUUAACUUUAUUUUAGUAGUAUAAGAAACAUGGGGUAUAACUAUACACACGGAAACCGAAAGGUGAUCAAAUGAGUCAGCUCACAUUACUCUGAUUUGGUAUACAGCCAAAUCUUGUUUGGGAGUAAAUAGAUAAAUCAAAAAUAUAACUAGAUGCUUUUAGUUGGGUCCUGACUGCAUCCUUUUUUCACCAUAAUUUGGAACUAGAACACAUAUUACCCUGGUCCCCAACGUCACUUAGUAUUGAGAAGGAAUGAGUGAGUGCUUGAGUAUGGUUUUACGCCGCUUUUAGCAAUAUUCAAGCAAUAUCACGGCGGGGGACACCAGAAAUGGGCUUCACACAUUGUACCCAUUUCGGGAAUCGAACCCGGGUCUUCGGCGUGACGAGCGAAUGCUUUAACCACUAGGCUACCCGACCGCCCCGUAUUGAGAAGGAAGUUUUUAUGCAAACACUCCGUUGGUAGAUGUAAGUUCAUAGUUACCGAUGAAUGUGUGAAAGAUAGAGACAACUUUGUUGGAUAAGUGGCAAACAGGAUAAGUCAAUACUUUAAGCUCAGUCCCUCGAUUUUCGACUUUAUAUCAAGUCAACUUUACAUCUAUCAAAAACAAACAAUUUCUAUCAUAUACCUGAUUCCUAUGACAAAGUAGCUGUGACAACAGUAUAAGGAUCCAUACCGAAAAGUCGCCUUUACAGUAUUAAAGAAGUUGUCAUCCAUAUAUCGUAUCUACCUUGUCAUCCAUCAACUUCUAAGUAAUGCCUAUCAAACAAUUCAACUGUUUACUAUGGUAACAUAACAUAAAGCAGCAAUAACUGUUAUCCCAAGGUUCAUGUCCAGAAGCCUUCACAAAUACAUCACAUUUUAUUCAUGUUUGAAAAUGUUCCACGUUUUAAGCCUAAGUACGGAAUGUUGGUUGCUGUUUUCAAGCCCUUGUUUACAGAAUUUCAAAGUUGUCUGGGUAGUAGUAUGGUGAUGUUUCUGGAGUUGUCUCCUGUCAGUACCUGUUGGAGAGAGAUGUUGACAUGUUUUAGUGCUUGCAUCGCAUGGUGAUAUUGUUAUCUUUUUGUUCUUCAGCUUGUCAACCACGUGCUGCUUGCUAUAUUAUAUUUGCCAUAAAGGUGGUCUUGUCGUUGUAUGUCAUUUUCUUACAAGACUUUUAUAUGUAUAUAUGGUUCUGUUAUUAAAUGUCUAAAUACCAGUUAA